AUGGAGACCACUGGCAAAUUAAACAUGACUUUGAGCACUGCGACAAGUCCGCCUUCAGGUGUGAGCAGCACCUCAGGUGACAGCCUGGUGUCUUCAGAAGCGUCUCCCGCUACAGAGGUACUCCACCUUCCCUGGAACACAGCAGUGACCAGCUUGGGGACCAUCACGUCCACACAGGCGUCCCGGUCCUCUGCCCCAGUAGGAUCAGAGACACCCAAAGGCACCACUGCAGUAGUCACCUCUUGGCUCAGUGGGGACACCUCACUUUCCACACCGGAGGCUGGCCUUUCUGAAACCACAGAGACUGAGCCACGGUCAACGUCAUCCCCUGGCCUGGAACCAUGGGAAACCAGCACAUCCCGGCACACCACCAUGGCCUCGGAGACAAUGAGUGUCCCUUCUCCAGUGUCCACUGGUACUACUGCAGAGGACUCUAGGACCCACGUCAUCUCCUCCAAGAGGACAUCCAUCACUGGCCCUGCUCAGUCCACGAUGUCUCCAGACAUCUCCACAGGAAUCAACACCAGGCUCUCUACCUCCUCCAUCUUGACCAAGUCCACAACUAUAGCCAUGGUCCCCAAAACAGUUGUCCCUGGGACUACAUCACAGGACACAAGUAACACGAAUGCAUCAACCAUGGCCUCCUGGGCUGAAAGUCACUCAGCAGGCACUCAAGUUUCUGCAAGCUCAGAAGUGACCAUUGGCAUGGACACGGGUUCUGAGGUUGUGUCACGGACAAUCCCUGCCUCAGACCGGGACACCACAUCUCCAUCCCCCCUGGUGCCCUCACUUGCCACGACAUCACCUUCUCUACAUUCCCCCAUACAAGCUAAGUGA